AUGAAAACGGGGGGAGGAAAUCAAAUUGAAUUUUACAAAGGAAAUGACAUUGCGACGCUGGAGAGACAAUAUGAGCAUUCCUUGGAACAUAAUACACAGGAAUUAAUAGUUUAUUUCGGGAUGAAAUUAAAAAAAAAAAAAAAAAGAAUGGAUGAACUGUUUAAAUGGACAUUAUAUGAAAACAUUUUAAAGGCAGCAAUGGAAUUAAAUUUGUGUGAAUAUAUAGAUAUUUACUAUAAUAAACUAAAGGAGAAGUUUAGUAUCCUAAAUGGUAAAAAAUUAAAUAUACUUAAAGGAAUGGUUUAUGAAGUAAAAGGUAAAAAAAAAGAAGCCCUAGACAUAUAUAAAAAAUAUUUAAACAAAUAUCCAUGUGAUGUUACAAUAAGAGCAAGAAUUAUAAGUCUAAAAAAAUCUGAAGAAAAAGAUACAAAUAAAAUUAUACAUUUAUUAAAUGACAAUUUAAAAGAAUUUCCAGUGGAUAUAGAAUCGUGGCAUGAAUUAGGGGAAAUUUAUUUAUCUGAAUGUUUAUAUAACUAUUCCAUAUAUUGCUUUGAAGAAAUAUUAUUACAUAAACCCACCAAUUUAUAUUAUAUAUUAACAUGUGCUGAAAUACAUUAUUCAAUUAACCAGUUUGAGAUGAGUAGUAAAUAUUUUUGUUUAGCAAUUAAAUUACAAAGUAAUAAUUUACGAGGUUUAUGGGGUGUAGUUAUGGUUAAUGUAGCUCGUUAUGUGCAAAAGGGGCCCAAAAUGUCAAAUGAUAAUGUUGAUAUAAUAUUAACACGCCAAUGUUUAGAUAGAUUGCAUAAUUUAUACAAUAAAAUGAAAGUAAAUUUUAUUUAUAAAAAUACAAUUCUAAAUUAUUUGAAUGAGUUAAAAGAUAUUUUUAAAUAA